CACGUCUUAUUGCCCCCAUAAAAGUGACAAGAAUUGUCAACUGUUUUGUGGGUGGGACAAAAGAAACCAGGAAGUGUUUUAUUGCCACACCAGUGGGACUUAGAGCUCUACGCGGAUGUGUUUUGUCUUGUUUCGGGGUUUUAACCCUCUGGCGAGAGACAUCGAGUGCUGGUAAAGUUUUCCCUGUAAUCUUGUAUCUUGAAUUGUCGUUUUUGAGAAAAGAGGAAGUGAUCGCGUGGAUGGAAUUUCUUGCACAUGGAUUAUGUGUUCGCUGAAUACGGCGCUGUUUACUGAAGAUUUCUGCAUGAUGUAUGUGUCUCUGGCCUCCAUCAUCUCUCUUUUGGCUGGCAUCAUUCCAGCUGCCUGCGGUGGGAAGGUUCUGGUAUUCCCACAUGAUGGCAGCCACUGGGUGAACAUGAAGGUACUUGUUGAUGAGCUGCAUUCAAGAGGGCAUGCGGUGACUGUCAUUCGAGCGGCAGACAGCUGGUACAUCAGUGAGACCUCGCCUCAUUACAGCACCGUCACGGUGGAUGUUGCCGGUGGUGCAGAUGAGGCCUUUUUUCGCCUCUUUGUCUCUCAAGUUAUUAAGAUCAAACGAAGCAAGUCGUCAGCGUGGGCCCGUUUUGCUUUGGACAUGGAGCUAAAGGACAAGUUCUUUGAAUUACACAAGAAAAUCUGCGAAGUGGUCACGUACAUGUUGGAAAACAAAGAGUUGAUGAAGUCCUUUCGAGAUUCCAAGUUUGAUGCUGUUUUGACGGAUCCCGCCAACGGAGGAGGAGUAAUGCUGGCUCACUAUCUUGGGCUGCCGUUAAUGUUUAAUGCUCGAUGGACUGUUCACGGUGAAGCCCAUUUUGGUAUUGCACCCUCUCCCCUUUCCUACGUACCACUUCCACCGUCAGAAUUAACGGAUCAAAUGACUUUCUUUGAGAGGGUGAAAAAUGUUGUUUUUUACACCAUGAGGAUGCAUCUGUACAAGCAGAUAGUGGCACCACAUUAUUCUGCAUUGGCCAGGCGCUACUUUGGUCCAGAUGUAGACUACUUCUUCUUGUUUCAAGCAGCAGACCUGUGGCUGAUGAGAGUGGACUUUGUGUUUGAGUUCCCUCGGCCCACCAUGCCUAAUGUUGUCUACAUGGGAGGCUUCCAGUGUAAACCUGCAGAACCUCUUCCUCAACACUUUGAGGAGUUUGUACAGAGUUCUGGAGAGCACGGAUUCAUUAUCAUGUCACUUGGGACUUUGAUUGGAGAAUUUCCCAGUGACCUAGCUGAUGAAAUAGCUGCAGCUUUUGCUAAAUUACCGCAGAAGGUAAUCUGGAGGUAUAAAGGGGAACGACCGGCCACUCUGGGCAACAACACUUUACUUGUCGACUGGAUGCCACAGAAUGACCUCCUGGGACAUCAAAAUAUAAAAUUAUUUGUAAGUCACGGAGGAACAAAUGGAAUAUAUGAGGCCAUAUAUCACGGAGUACCAAUGGUAGGCAUUCCCAUUGUUUUCGAUCAAGCCGACAACCUUUCUAGACUCAGAGCAAAGGGCGUUGCAGAAGUUAUGGAUGUUUCUCAAUUGAACACCAAAAACUUCCUGAAUGCAAUGCAGGAGGUGUUGAAGGAUCCCUCCUACAGGAUGAACAUGCAGAGGCUCUCCAGGCUGCACAGAGAUCAGCCCAUGAAGCCGCUGGAUACCGCCCUCUUCUGGAUGGAGUUUGUCAUGAGGCACAAAGGUGCAGCUCACCUGAGAACAGAGUCCUACAGGAUGCCCUGGUACUCCUACCACUCUGUGGAUGUGAUGCUAUUUUUAUUGACAAUCGCAGUGGUUGCUUUGUUAUUGGUUGCCGCGUUACUGUGGUCAUGCUUUAGAUUGUGUUGCAAAAGAAAAGUAAAAUUGGACUAAACAGCAAAGAAGGAAUGAUCCGUUUUGACAUUGGUUAAUGUUUUGCUAUGUGACCGCCAGUCUAGCUGUGAUUGGUUAAACAUUGAAAGGAAUAUAUAUUUUUUACUUGAAAUGUUCCUCUGUCUUUCUGUUGUAAGUAACCUGUGAUAAAAAAAUAAAUCAACUAGAGAAAAGACCAUUUUAAAGAGCAGUAAAAAGGUUCUUACCAUUCUGUGAACUGACUUUGUUUCUAGCU